CAACUAAUACACUGGCCAUUCAGUGUAAUCUUAACAAAAUCAACAGCGUUUCACCGUCCCGCCUUAAUCACGAAAGAAAUCAUCAAAGAAAUUGCCAGUGAACGUUGCACUUUUGGAAAAGAUGCCCGAAAGCUCUUACUUUGAGUCGGAGAAAAAUUGACCUUUUGAAACUUGGGUUAUGUAAUAAGGAUAAGCGUAACGCAGUCUUGAAAGUGUGUGUGUGUGUGUGUGUGUGGGGGGGGGUCCUAACGCAGUGCAGCUGAUGUUGCUGCAUAAUAUAUAUACAUAUACAUCACUCUUAAGUCGCCGAGGCUCGCUUGUGGAGCGCAAAUGGUUGAAAGGACGGCGCUGCAUCAAUCAGCAAUGCUCGCACUGAACAUCCCAGCAGGCACAGUGUGCACUGAUGCUCCUGCCCAACGUGCGUUGCCGUGACCGGUAGCGGCGCGUGUUUCGAUAUUUCAUGGAUUAUCUCUUUUAACGUGUGAUCGAUGCAGAAGAGGCGCUGUGCUGAACCAAGAAAUGCCCCGGUCACAUUAGGGUUGCGAGGGACGAAGACAGUCGGGCUCUUCUGCUGACAGUGGAUCAAAUUGAUUUAUUUUGGUCGACAAUGCUUUAUUUUCAGAUAGUCAUAAUGGCUGGGACUAUCAUGCUGGCGUACUACUUCGAGUACACAGACACUUUCAACGUGCACGUACAGGGAUUUUUCUGCUAUGACAACGCUUACACAAAGCCGUACCUCGGACCGGAGGAGUUGAGCGCUAUUCCCCCGGCUAUCCUGUACACAGUGGUCGCCGGAGUUCCCGCACUGGUCAUAUCGGCUACAGAGUCUGUGUUCUUCUUGCUCCAGUACGUUUCCGAAGACGUGGACAACCGAGAGAAGAUUACUGUGAUGGGAGACUGCUGUUACCUCAACCCGCUGGUACGGAGGACCUUCCGCUUCCUGGGUGUGUAUGCGUUCGGCCUCUUCGCCACCGACAUCUUCGUCAACGCCGGCCAGGUGGUGACAGGCAACCUGGCGCCCCACUUCCUCACCGUGUGCAAGCCCAACUACACAGCCCUCGGCUGCCAGCAGGCGGCGCUCUUCAUCAGCCAGCAGGGGGCGUGUACAGGCAACGAGGAGGAUGUGCUGCGCGCCCGCAAGUCCUUCCCCUCCAAGGAGGCGGCCCUCAGCGUCUACGCCGCCCUGUAUGUCUCGAUGUACAUCACCUGCUCGGUGAAAGCAAAAGGCACCCGGCUGGCCAAGCCGGUCCUCUCCCUGGGACUCAUGUGCCUGGCCUUGCUGGCCGGCAUCAACCGGGUGGUGGAGUACCGGAACCACUGGUCCGACGUCAUCGCCGGUUUCAUCGUGGGCGGGGCCAUUGCCACAUUUAUGGUGGUUGGUGUCUUGCAGAAGUUCAAAGGGAAGCCGCUGCUCAGUGAAAUACCUCACGAGGGAAGCAUAACCGACACUCCGGCCAUCAGCCGGACGGAACUGGAGAGCCCAGGGGAGAAGUAUGCGGCCACGCAGAAUCCGAUCACCUUCGCCGAGGUCACAUGACGCCAGUGCGGCCCCCCACCCGGACAGUUGGGACACUGUUCAGUCGUUGUAGCCGGAGUGUGAAGCCUGUUCCAGCGUAUUUACAUUGGUAACUGUAUCCUCAGCAGCACCCCUGUGACACCACAGUCCGGGCAGCAUUAUUAUUAUCCAUAACAAAAGAAUUCUUACUUUUUCUUUUUUUCCCCACUGAAUCCAAGGUUAGAAAUCCUACAUUUUAUUAUUAUCAAUCCUCCCCUGGUUCAUUUCUGAACAUGGAAAUUCCUUCGCAAAAUAGACGGAUUCAAACCUAUGAUGACGAUAAGGACAAAAAAAUAAACCACCAGGGAUUAAAAGUAUUUAAUUGUAAUUAUUAUUUUCUGAAUUGUUAUUUUUACAUUUUUUUAUUUAGUUAAUUAUGCUAUGGCAUAUUCCUGAUGAAAACACGGUUCAAUAAAUCUUACUCAUAUGUUGUGUAAUACAAUCAAAAUUAAUCAUUUUGUGCUUGUUAAGUUUAACUUAUUCAAGUGGAAUUUGAAGUAAACAAAUUGGAGAGAGAGAAUUUCCAGGAGAGAAAAGGUAACACAGGGAAGCGUUUACAUAGCAUAAUUUGGCAUGCUGUGAGACUUAUUGAGUAGAAGGUUCACAUGUUGCAUGUCAUGUGACCGGUCACAUGACGUGGGAGACCACUCAUUGGUGCUGGGUGGUUUCUCUUUUGAUUUAACAUGUCAAGCUGUAAGGAAAUCAUGACGCAAACCCCCUUCUGAUUGGCCUACGUUAGUCGCACAAAAUGUACGGAUCUAUCCUGUCUCCUGUCAUUUAAAAAUGAAAGUGCUUCAGCUUCUUUUCUUCAGGCCAUUUUCGCCUUCCUGAAAUUCUCCUUAAGGUCGCAAAUUCAGCCCUUUAAUCAUCUUUUGAAUUAAAUGUGAAGGUCUAUUUUUUGGCCAGGACGAAUGAAGCCAAAUUUAAUAUGGGGGGCUCAGUCUUUAACCACUUAGCAAUUUUCUACCCAGCCAGCAGGCUUCAUUAGUGCAGGAUAAUAGUACCACAAAUACUCACAGUAAUGUUUACCUAGUGUAUACCAGUCAUAAUGGCAGUGUUGGUUCUGAAUGCACACUGAAAAUUAUAGUUAUUGGCUAGGAAAUGACUUAAAUAGAGAUAUUUCUGUAUAGGCAGAAUAAUGUAUGAUGGCUUGUUAAUAAGCACUUUGCUAUGGCUUUUAGAUAAAAGCUGAGAAUGAUUAUUUUAUUCAGAGAUGUUAUUAGACAAGUCUUAUGGCUGGAGAGUAGUAGCUAGUUCCCAGGACGGUAUCUGCACAUUAAUUAAAUAAGGACAGGUCAGCUCUGGUAGGCAGUCAGUGGUUUGUGGUGAGUGGGAUUCUGGGUAAUUCCGAUAAAUAUCAGACUAGGAGCAGCAUAUGGCAGUGGAGUUAUACGCCUUAUGUAAGGGCAGAGUGAAAAACCAAUUUAUUUGUCCCACCGCGUAAUGAGAUCAAGCUCUAAUCGAUAUCGUCUGGGUGUCUAUGUGUUUAUUUUUCUGGAGUCAAGGUAAGUGUUUGUGUAAUGAAAUUAUGUGCAUUUCCCUUGUUCUGCAAAAUGAAAAAGAGCAACUUCAGUACUCCGUGUUCAUCCCCCUGCCUCUCAAGAAGCGGCGCAACAUUUUGUUCUUGACUAUGGAAGUUAAUACAGAAACACAAAAAUCAACUUUUAGUCACUAUUGUGAAGUGUCAUUAGUGUCAUGAGAAGUUACCGUGGCAACUUUAACUAUGAAAUCACUUUAUUGAAUUUACCUGUGCCCUCCAAGCACAUUGGCAAACGCCUCAGUAGCAGGGUAUAAACAUGCAAUAGAUUGUACAGAAGUGUAGAAGAUAUGACUGUCCAUGUAUAUCCAUUACAUCUAAUUAUUACCUUUAACAUCAAUGUUCCUGCUUUUAACAAUCAACAUGUAACUCAUUUUAAAGCAAUAAUGUGUUACACCUAAAUACUGACUUAUGGUUCCUAACAUGUCUGUGUUAUGUUAUGUUAUGUUAUGUUAUGUUAUGUUAUGUAAGCAUAUAUAUUUUUUCAAAAAAACAAAACUAUUUUAUAUAUUUAACCAAAAAAUAAUAAUUCUGACCAAUAUUGAUAAUUGUUGGAAUCCCUUUUCACUCAGUACCUUUGGUGAACAGCCCUGUCUUUCCAACCUCUGAAAAGUUUCAAAUAAAUUGUGGUAAAACCUCUGAAAUGUGUAUAGAUUGUCUUGUAAUAGGUACCGGCAGGUAAAAAUUAAAAAUUGGCCCAGAUUAGGUGUAAUAAAUCAGAUAAAACAAAAAAUUCAUAGUUUUUGUCUUUAAUGGUUUUUCAGAUUUAGCUGUUGAUAUACCUCUGACAUGACAUUUAGUAACCUCACAUUCUGCCACUGAUUUGUGGAAUUUCACUAUGAAUCUCUAGAAGAUCUUCAUUUUCCAAUCUUAAUUUUGGUACUUAGUUUAAUAGGAUGUUUUUCUCGGUUAUUUGAGGAAAUUGAAGGUGAAAUUGACCAAUAUUUCAGUUGAAGAAGGCUGAAAAACUGUUCCAAUUCAAUGGAUAAUUCUAUCUGGUUUUUGAAGAAAUAAUGACAAGGCACAGUUUAGCAGAACGAGAAGGAAAUAUCCCUUAUGUUCAAAAAAUAUAUUUAAAUGUGACAUUUCUGGACAGAGAAAUGAUAAGUUGAAUCAGAAGCAUUUUGGGUGUUUUUCAGCUCUCAGUCAAUGCGCUUACCUGCCAGAACCUACUUAUAAUCAAAGUGGUUUUGUCACCUAAUUCUCUACCUGUUGCCCUUCUGUAAUUAAUCUACAUAUAAAGUGAUGAUGGGGAAAAACACAAUGUGACUCUCACAGUUUGAUUCAUUCUGAGAUGUAGUGAGAGACACAAACCAACCUAUUAAAAACCUAAUAACUGUUGUCUCUCCAUAAUUUAAUGCUCUUAUUCACUAUAUUAUGUUUGAGUAGAAAAUCAAUUCUGAAUUUUAUUCUCAUGCUAAUUCAUAUUCAGAUUCUCCCUAUUUUUUAAAUAUAUAUUAUGUGUUGUACUGAGCCAACUAGCUUGUUUUUGUGUUACUUUUAUGAGUACUUCACCUUUUACACUAUAUCUAAAUAAAAGUUUGAAAAAUCAAA